GGCUGGCAAGGUCGUCCACGACGGCAUUUUGUUCAGUAUGACUGCUCUGUCUGGUUUUCAGUGGCUCGUCCUCGAAGCUCUGCUUGCGACCUUGCUCUAUGGGGUGUAUGGCGUACUAUUCCUCGCCAGCCUGUACACUUUCCUCCGAAAGGAAAUGACCAACGGCAAAGGCCUCCUGGUCGUCAACAUUCUACUAUUCGUAUCUUGCACCGCUCAAUGGGCCUGUAAUUUCCUUGAGCCACUUCUUCUUUCGGAAGACCCAGAUGAGGAUCCUGAAUACCAGCUAUGGAUGAAUGCCUACGUUGCGAACGUCAUGAUCGCUGUGGUCUAUGCAUCCAAUACAGCUUCGAAUGUUCUUGCAGAUGGCCUACUCAUCUGGAGAUGUUAUACGAUUUGGGGUGCUCGCCGUUCAAUCAUCGUCCUACCUCUUCUUCUCCUUCUCGGCGAAGCAGCAUCUGGGAUUGUCACCUUUGUCCCGUACGCUGUAGGGACUCAAAUAGGAUAUGACGUCGGACCGGAGGGCCAUCGACCUAAGCAAUUGAUCCGCAAGCUGAACAGAAUCGCGACCCGGGCCAACACUGCAUACUGGGCUACCUCGUUCACCAUUAAUAUGAUGAUGACGCUGCUGAUAGGUGGGAGGAUCUGGUGGAUAACCCGAGAUAUCGACAAGCUGUUCGGAAGGAGUCAUAAGAAGGGGUAUAUUCGUGCUAUUUUGAUAGUGGUUGAAUCCGGCGCCGUCUACUCCGUGCUAUUGCUUCUAUCCGUUGUCUCCACAGCACUCGUCGACGGGCCUUUCGGUCAAAACGCUCAAAAUGUUCUUGCCUCAAUCAGCGGACAAGUAGUUGGCAUAUUCCCUACGGCGAUCCUCGUCCUCGUGGGCCUGGGACUCACAUCAGACAACGCUACCAACACAGAUUGGCUCGGAUCGUCCUUCAACAGAUCGAUGGAAUUCGUGCCGCGCCGGGAACUCGACCUACAGUUGCCCGACGAGCAAACCGAGGAAGUAUUGGCGACCAAUUUGGAGCUGCACGUCGGCAACGGCGCAAAAUCGAGGACCGUGAACUGCAAUCCCACCUCAAGUUCAAAUAGUAAUAUUACCGAAUAUAAGGUCUAAUCAUCCUCUUCCCGAAUUCGUGUAUUGCAUAUUACUGCACGAACGGGCCUGUGCAGUAUCUUAUGGUCAAAUUGUUGUGCUUACAUUCAUGUCCUUCUGAUGAUUAAUCUGGAUUAAUUCGAUGCGGUUGGGCCAUUACCUCAC